AUGAGCUCGUCUCCCCACAUGGAGAAUGCUUCAAUCCUUAAGGGAGGUACCUCUAUACCAAAAAACAAAAAUGUCUCUUUGGGCAAGAACGAGUUACUUGGAUCUUCGUCAAGCAACAAUUCGUCCUUUCGAGUGCACCAUUAUUCGAAUAGUAGUCAGACACCCACAUUGGACUCUAUACGGAGACCUAACCUAACUCCCACUUUCUCUUACAGUAACGGGAUUUAUAUGUCUGAAAGUCAUGCACACAGAACAAGUUCAUUCAACGAUAACUACUUGGCCUAUGAUAAGAGUCCCUAUGCAAAGAAAACGAGAAGUGCGAACAACAAGUCAAACAUGAAGGUUAAAACAAAAACUAAUUUUAAUAUUACAACGACUACAAGGAAUUCUUCCGGACUCAUAUACACCACCAAAGUGGAUAAGGAAUUAUCCAGUAUAGACAAAGUGAAUGAUCCGAACAUCAAUGGUCUUGUGUGUGCAGGAAAAACACAUUUAGGAUUCUAUCAAUUUUCGCCAACCGAUAGGUCUAUUAAGUGUGUACAUGAUUUCAUAAGACCUAAUAAUAAUACAUCAACAAAGUUGGGAACGUCCCUACUACCCAAAUUAAGCAAGAGAACAAGGCAGAAUAAAUUUAGCACAAUUGCAGAUGUGAAAACGGGGUUCAAUAAUUACAAAAACUGUAUCGCAGUGUGUAACAAUUCUACGGCGAUAUCUAUAUACGAUCUCAACAAGAGCUCUUCAUUAGAUAAUCCUUUGAUAACAUCUCUAUGUGAACAUACAAGAUCAAUCAAUAGUUUUGACUUUAAUAUGGUAGAAUCAAACCUUAUAAUUAGUGGUGGGCAAGACAGUUGCGUCAAAAUAUGGGAUUUACGUUCUAAUAAUUCCAAAAGCUCAAAUAGAUCUGAUAUCAAUAUAAACACAGCGUCUGAUUCAAUCAGAGAUGUGAAAUGGAUGCCUGGUUACAACUUUGCAUCUAAGAAUGAACAGGGUUCAUCGACGUACGGCAAUUCUAAAAGCGGUUACAAAUUUGCAUCCAUACAUGACUCAGGGUAUCUAUUGAAGUUUGAUCUUCGUCAACCUGCUCAAUAUGAAAAAAAACUGAACGCCCAUACAGGACCUGGCCUUUGCCUAAACUGGCAUCCUCAUCAAGAAUACAUUGCUACAGGUGGUCGAGAUGGAAAAUGCUGUCUUUGGUAUGUUGGUGAUAAUGUCAAUACCAGUGAAAAUACAGUGGUUAAUUACGGAUAUUCGCCCUCAUUGCACACACCAAAUACAACCAUGAAUAACAAUAGUUCGUUGGCAUUUCCUAAACUAACAAUCAACACAGGGUAUCCAGUUACCAAAUUAAAAUUCAGACCUACCUAUAGUAAGAACAUAUACAACUCACUAUUAGGAGUAUCGUCAAUGGGUGACGAAGCAGAAGUUUGCGUUUAUUCCUUAGCAAGGAAGUACAUUCCUAGACAUAUCCUUUUAUCAGGAACACCCUCGCUGGGAUUGGUGUGGUGGGAUGAUAACUUGGUCUUCAAUAUUGAUAAGGGGACUCGCAUUAAUGGUUGGGACAUUAACAAAGAGCCAACGGUGCUUGAAAACUUGAGCAAGAAUACGACUACCUGGAGAGAUUUAGACGGAAAUGGAUUACUCUCGGUUGAUCAAGAAGUGGGCUCAUACGAGCUGCCAGAACCAGAGACUAAAACCAUUCCAAACAAUACAGGCAAAAAGCAUCCAGGUGCAAUAAAAAAUACGAAAAAUGGCAAUUCGGAGGGCCAGGGCAUAAUAGGAGGAAUCAAAAAAGGUUUUAGUCAUACAGGACUAACAAGCUUUGCACCAGAAAGACCACCCACUUUAAAAGCAGGUCCAACAUUCAGUACAAAGAGUUUAAUGACAAUAACCUCUGCGGCAUCUUCUUUCAAUAGCUCUUCCGCAUCAUUAACAUCUUUAACACCACAAUCUGAAAAUCAAGAGGAAGUUGCCAUUGAACCGCCUUAUAUCAUCACUUUAGAUAUACCCCAGAUUUUCAAUAAUUUAAGAUUAACCAAAAUGGAUCAUUUGAAAAAAAAAGAUACAACUAUUGAAAAGUUUUCUGUUAGGGAUUCACCAGUAAACACUUUUAAAUUUCUGGCUCGGCAGCUCAAAUUUUCAUAUGUUCAAGACCAGAAUGGUGCAGAUGAUGUUAAUGUUGUAUACAAACGUGAUGAGAAAAAUGUUAAUAAUGAUAAGAAAGUGAUUGGUGGGCACGAUGAUGAUGAUGAUGACGACGAUGACGAUAAAAUAAUCGAGACUCAUUUGUUGAAAAAGUAUAAUUUUUCAGAAAAUAAUACGUGGGCCACUCUAAUGAAUGAAAAAAGCAGCAAAAAACAAUCCAAGAGAAACUCCAAAGGCUCCAAGGAUUUCGAUGAGAAGGAUACCAGAUCAAGUAUAUCUUCCAUUUCCACCAAUAAACGCAAUCCUGGCAAAAUCAGAAAGAUUAACAAGAACUUAGAAGCAGAGCUCCAGAAGAAAAUGCAGACGUUUCUAGAUCUAAUAUCUAUUGCAACCCACAAUGCAUCAGUUUAUUUGUCAAUAAAUGAUCUACCCAAUUUUAAGGUUUGGAUUCUAAUAAGAGAUUCUUUGCUUUGGGACUUGAAGUGGAUGACUUCCUCUCCAGUAUCAUCCGAUGAAGCAUCUAAUAUAGAUACAAACGAAAGCUCUGAUUUUGAAUCAGGGGGGAAUCCAAGAGCUGGAAAAAGGUCUCCUGAGGAAGAUAGAGAAGGAACAAGUGGAGCAGAUUCUCUAAUAGAAGAAAGACCACAAGCAUUUCAAGCUAGUUCUGAGGAACCAAGUGAUACUGAAAAAAAACCAAUCUCUAAACUUGGAGAGCAGUUGAAAAACACAGAAAGAAUCACAUAUACACAACCAAAUGAGGAAUCCGAUGAGGUGUUAAGUAGAUUGAAAGAACUACAAAGCCAACUUUCAGAGUCUCACGGGAUUAUGGGCGAGGCAACAAAUGACGAUGCCAUUAUCGAGGAAGAUGAGGAAGAGGAGGCCGAACAAGAAGCUGAUCAAGAACAGGCGUAUGACCCAUUGAUAAAAUCAACCCGCACCCAUGCGUCGUCUACUGCCAAAAGUAUACCGAUCCUACAGAAGCGAGAACACCGUAAAUCUUUCAUAGAUACGUUCAUGCUACAUUCUCCCAACGGCUACAAUGCAGAUACUGACAUGGGAAAUGACGACGAUAACAUAUCUCCCAGGUUUGUUUACAACAGUGUAAGCCCACGUAGUAAAGUGUCAUCGUUGCAAAGCUUCACCACGACAACCUCCCAACUGGGAGCUUUCAAAAAACUGUCUUCUCAAACUGCACCAGUGAUCGGGUCGCCCGUUCGCACGCUGUCACAACCAGAUGGUGUUGACAGGCAACAACCGUCUUCCUCAUUAACAGAAAAACUCGCCAAAUGUAGACAGAUGGCGGACAACCCGCCUUGGGAUACUAAAAAACUCAUCAAGCAACUAUACAAACAAGCCACAGACACUGGGAAUGUCGUGCUAACAGUGAAUAUUCUUUUCCUUUUCCAAACGAUAUAUCACGUUACAGAAAUCGAAAUCGCAAAGGACGCAAUUUCACAUUUUCUGCUGCUGCUCCAUAGAUAUGAGCUGUUUGGAAUCGCUGCAGACGUCUUGAAAUACUGCCCCUUCGAAGAUAUCAUGGGAUCUGAAGGUGAUCAGUCUUCCAUUAGACUCUACUGCGAACAAUGCGGCGAGUUAAUCACGAACGAAAGCUCCAAGGACAAAUUUAGAGCGGAAGUGCAGCAGACAAACAACAAGAAGGUAAUGGAAAAGUUCGGAUACUGGUAUUGCGACUCCUGCAAGAAGAAGAAUUCGCUCUGUGUCCUGUGUGAAAGACCUUUGAAGAAACUAACCAUGGUUCUACUUCCCUGUGGACACGAGGGACAUUUCCAGUGCAUACAAGAAUGGUUUCUCAACGAGAAGGAACGCGAAUGUCCGGGCGGCUGUCCCGGUGUUGCAUUCAUCUGA